UCCGCUAGCUGGUUGCCCUUUUUCCUCAUCUUGUUUUCCGGGAGAGAUCCAUCGUCCUCGGUUGCUCCGCCGCUGCAGUAAAAGGAGGCAAAAAGCAUCUUUCGUUAGCGACACGCCAAAUAUCUUCUCGUAGCUAGCCGUGAUUAGGAAAAACUGCAAUAAUGACUGAUUCAAAGUACUUCACCACAAACAAAAAAGGCGAGAUCUUUGAGCUGAAAGCGGAGCUGAACAAUGAGAAGAAAGAGAAGCGGAAGGAGGCGGUCAAGAAGGUCAUCGCUGCCAUGACCGUGGGCAAAGAUGUCAGUUCCCUUUUCCCAGACGUGGUGAACUGCAUGCAGACAGACAACCUGGAGCUGAAGAAGCUGGUCUACCUGUACCUGAUGAACUACGCCAAGAGUCAGCCCGACAUGGCCAUCAUGGCUGUCAACAGCUUUGUCAAGGACUGCGAGGACCCGAACCCGCUGAUCCGGGCGCUGGCGGUGCGCACCAUGGGCUGCAUCCGCGUGGACAAGAUCACGGAGUACCUGUGCGAGCCGCUGCGCAAGUGCCUGAAGGACGAGGACCCGUACGUGCGCAAGACCGCCGCCGUCUGCGUGGCCAAGCUGCACGACAUCAACGCCCAGAUGGUGGAGGACCAGGGCUUCCUGGACUCCCUCAGGGACCUCAUCGCCGACUCCAACCCCAUGGUGGUUGCCAACGCCGUUGCCGCUCUGUCGGAGAUCAGCGAGUCGCACCCCAACAGCAACCUGCUGGACCUGAACCCCCAGAACAUCAACAAGCUGCUCACGGCCCUCAACGAGUGCACCGAGUGGGGCCAGAUCUUCAUCCUGGACUGCCUGUCCAACUACAACCCCAAAGACGAGCGCGAGGCCCAGAGCAUCUGCGAGCGCGUGACCCCCCGGCUGUCCCACGCCAACUCGGCCGUGGUGCUGUCGGCCGUCAAGGUGCUGAUGAAGUUCCUGGAGCUGCUGCCCAAGGACUCGGACUACUACAACACCCUGCUGAAGAAGCUGUCCCCGCCCCUGGUCACCCUGCUCUCCGGGGAGCCCGAGGUGCAGUACGUGGCCCUCAGGAACAUCAACCUCAUCGUCCAGAAGAGGCCUGAGAUUCUCAAGCAGGAGAUUAAGGUGUUCUUUGUCAAGUACAACGACCCCAUCUACGUCAAGCUGGAGAAACUGGACAUCAUGAUUCGCCUGGCCUCCCAGGCCAACAUCGCCCAGGUCUUGGCGGAGCUGAAGGAGUACGCCACCGAGGUGGACGUGGACUUUGUGCGCAAGGCGGUCCGCGCCAUCGGCCGCUGCGCCAUCAAAGUGGAGCAAUCGGCAGAACGCUGUGUGAGCACCCUGCUGGACCUCAUCCAGACCAAGGUCAACUAUGUGGUGCAGGAAGCCAUAGUGGUCAUCAGGGACAUCUUCCGCAAGUACCCCAACAAGUACGAGAGCAUCAUCGCCACGCUGUGCGAGAACCUGGACUCCCUGGACGAGCCCGACGCGCGCGCCGCCAUGAUCUGGAUCGUGGGCGAGUACGCCGAGCGCAUCGACAACGCCGACGAGCUGCUGGAGAGCUUCCUGGAGGGCUUCCACGACGAGAGCACGCAGGUCCAGCUCACCCUGCUGACGGCCAUCGUGAAGCUGUUCCUGAAGAAGCCCUCAGAGACCCAGGAGCUGGUACAGCAAGUCCUCAGCCUGGCCACACAGGACUCGGACAACCCCGACCUCCGGGACCGCGGCUACAUCUACUGGCGCCUGCUGUCCACCGACCCGGUGACGGCCAAGGAGGUGGUGCUGUCGGAGAAGCCGCUCAUCUCCGAGGAGACGGACCUGAUCGAGCCCACCCUGCUGGACGAGCUCAUCUGCCACAUCGGGUCGCUGGCCUCCGUCUACCACAAGCCCCCCAACGCCUUCGUGGAGGGGAGCCACGGCAUCCACCGCAAGCACCUGCCCAUUCAGCCCGGCAGCAUCGACACAGGAGAGAGCCCCGUCAGCGCGGGCCCCACCGCCCCCCAGGACCAGCCGCAGGUCAUCCCCUCCCAGGGCGACCUCCUCGGGGACCUGCUCAACCUGGACCUGGGCCCCCCCGUCAACGUGCCCCAGGUGUCCUCCAUGCAGAUGGGGGCGGUAGACCUGCUGGGCGGAGGGCUGGACAGCCUGCUCGGGGGAGACCUGGGAGGAGGUGUUGGGGGAAGUCCUGCAGUGGGGCAGAACUUCAUCCCGUCCUCGGUGCCCAGCACCUUCGCCCCCUCGCCCACCCCGGCGGCCCUCAGCAGCGGCCUCAACGACCUGUUCGAGCUCUCCAGCGGCAUGGCCAUCGCCACCGGCGGCUACGUGUCCCCCAAAUCCGUGUGGCUGCCCGCGGUCAAGGCCAAAGGGCUGGAGAUCGCCGGAACCUUCUCCCGCCGGCAGGGCCACAUGUACAUGGACAUGAGCUUCACCAACAAGGCCCUGCAGCACAUGACCGACUUCGCCAUCCAGUUCAACAAGAACAGUUUCGGGAUGAUCCCCACUACGCCCCUGCCGAUUCACACCCCGCUCAUGCCCAGCCAGAGCAUCGACAUCUCCCUGCCCCUCAACACCAUCGGUCCCGUCAUGAAGAUGGACCCCCUCAACAACCUGCAGGUGGCUGUGAAGAACAGCAUCGACGUCUUCUACUUCAGCUGCCUCAUUCCGCUCAAUAUCUUCUUUGUGGAGGACGGAAAAAUGGAGCGCCAAGUCUUCCUGGCCACCUGGAAGGACAUUCCCAACGAGAACGAGCUUCAGUACCAGAUCAAGGAAUGCCACUUAAACGCAGACACCGUGUCCGGAAAACUCCAGAACAACAACAUCUACACCAUCGCCAAGAGAAACGUGGAGGGGCAGGACAUGCUCUACCAGUCCCUGAAGCUCACCAACGGCAUCUGGAUCCUGGCGGAGCUUCGCAUCCAACCUGGCAACCCCAACUACACGCUGUCCCUGAAGUGCCGGGCCCCGGAGGUGUCCCAGUACGUGUACCAGGUGUACGACUCCGUCCUGAAGAACUGAACCGGACCCCCAUCCCUCCACCCAAAUCUCAACUUUUACUCUUUCUGCUCUUUUUUUAUGUUCAGAUGUACUCUCCCCACACAUCAUCUCCAUUUCCAAAGGCAUUAAUGCUCCCUCUGAGAAUAGACCUGUC